AUUAAGAUGUUAUUACCUUUUUUGUCCCUAUCUUCUAGAAGAACGUUCUCAUUCCUUUCCGUUAAUCACCUCAACGCUCGGAAUAGUUGACCCAACAAUCCACGUUUUUUGCUUGCUUUAACCCAUUUCUGCUGAGCUCCACAGUUAGAUACGAAAUGUAAAAAGACAAAAACAGUUAUUCCCGUUUAUUUUUGUUGUUGUGCGGUCUGCCUGUUUCCGCUUUUGCAACGUCAUUACUGUGUGACGACAAAGUCGUUCUGCCAGUUGCGUCGAAAACGAAUUAAUUAACUGAAAAUACAUAUGGUAUGAUUAGCAAUAGAAGAUUGCAAGUAGGAGUAGCGAUUUUCUCUGGCGCACCAUAAAACGUUACCUAUGGUCUACUCUUCGGUGUGUGCUGGUAACAAACUGACGACAUGAGGAUGAGCCGCAGCGAGGCGUAUCGUCCUGAAGAGGACAGAACGUUGGAGUCUAGUCUUGCCAUCGCGGAGGCAAAGCACAAUGCAUAGCGGAACGCAUUUCUAUCACUGCACGGGACACCCCGGUUGACAUCAGCGCUUCGGCAGCUGCCAUACUACUGAUUGAUUCCGUACGAAGUUCAGUGAUCUGCUGUAACACAAUGGCAUUGGUCCAGGUGUUCCAAUGUGUUUUUUUUAACUGUAAAACAUAUAGUUAUUGAUUGGAUGAUCGUUUUCAUAACAAUUUUUACCGAUAUGAGCGUCACUGCAUCAGCGCAGCAAUGAAAUGGAUCAACUGGAGGUUCCGACAGAAAAACAGGUUGUUUACCGAGGAGCGCGGAAAGUGGAACAUUUCCUGUCGAUCAUGCCAAAGCCCUUCGUUUGAAGGAGUUUGAAUCAGCAGAUAUCGACAUGUACAAAGCGCAGUUCGACAAAUGCGUUCGUACCUAGAUGUGCAUAUAACAAAUUUAAGACGAAUUAUUUUAGUGACUUUUAUUUUUUAUUUUCAGAUACGAUUGUCGUACGAUCAGUUUGUUGAGCAUUUGUUGUCCAGUAGCAUCCGUUUGGUAUCGGCCGACGUGUUGGGCGCCGAAGGGUAUCGUUUGAGCUUGAUUAGAAAUAUACCACGAAAUUUUAGUUUACAUUUGUAACUAUCGGUGACUGAGUUCUCGCUAGGUACCCAUUGAACUCCAAAUACGCGUUCGUGCCAUUUUAACCUAUAUGUGCUGUGAGCGACAUAUCUUUCCUAUGUGAUAAUCACUAGUAUGCAACAACCGUUGACUGAAAGGGGCUGUAUCGACGGCCAAAUUUACCGUUUUGAUUGGUGACCAGGUUUUUACCUGUUUAUGCUCGUCUGUGCGUGCUUGUUUGUUGAUUAGUUUCUCGUCCCUAUAUUAAGAUUUUUGCUGGUACGCGAACUGUUAUGACUUACACUUAUUUAGGCAUUGAUCUUCAAAUGCGGGAAUUUGCUAAUAAUCCGUUACGACUUGAUGGGCAUUUUGUUGACUGUUAUUGAAAUUUAAAGUACGCCGAUUUGCAGGUUGAUAAUCGAUUAUGAAGUGAAGCGCUUAUACUUCAACGACGCCACAAGGUGCGGCGCGUGCUGUUCAGCGAGACGAUGACCGGACUUUCCUUUACUCAACUGCGUCAUUUGAUUUCACGUACGAUCGCAAUGCAGCUAUGGUUACUGGGUAGCUGUAGGCAUCAAUUUUUAUGGACAGCAGCAGACCAUUAGGUAACAUAACUGCUGUCAAGCACAAGCGGAUGUUGUUAAUGUGGAAUCAACAUUGACAGCUGUUAAGCUUGAUUUCAAUACAAUCCGAAAUGGUGAGUACGUGUCUGCGAUACAUACAGCCAGCGGUCGACGACUUCGGUCUUUGCGUGUCACCCAGACCUGGAUUUAAAGUCAACUGGAUAACGUUUCGUGACGCCGACUCUGGAAAGAUGCUUUGGAUAGGAGACAGUGAUGUUUCCUUGCCACAGGUCGAACAUGAAGCUCGAAUUCCGAAAGAGAUCCUCCGCUGUCGCGCAGUUUCCCGAGCAAUUAACUUCUCAUCAGAGGAUCGCAUAGAAGAGUUUCGUUUGGAACAUAAGGUCUUGUUUAAAGGUCAUUGCCUUGAGGAAUGGUUCUUUAAGUUUGGCCAAGUCACCCCGAUGUCAACGAACACGUGGCAAUCUGACAUUGAGGCUGCGCCAGAAAGCCAAAUGAUGCCAGAUUGCGUCCUGAGUGGCAAUGUCGUUAUCGAGACACGUUUUUUCGACGGAAACAAACUGCUCACGGAGUCAAACGUGAGACUCUACUACGUUUAACUAAUAGCUUGUAGCGACGUGUAGUAGACCUUGUAAAGGCGUUUCGAUGAUGAAGUCAACGUUCACACGCAGAACAGCGAGCGAAAAAUAGCCAGCGUUCUCAUGAGUAAAUUAAUCACCGAAAAACAUUAAAUAAAUGGCCUUUCCAUCCAUUUUUGUCUAUUAUAUUAUACGUCUCAUCGUUAUCAGCGCAAUCUUAUUGAACCUAAUGAAACCCUUGCUUUACGUGGUCACACUUUGUACUGAAAUCAGUUGAAAGUCACAGAGAAUCUCCUUAUUGAAGGUAAUGAAGAGGUGUGCAAGGCGUAUUAUAGCAUUUUUGACGGAUUAAAACAUGACCAAUUCCUAAU